AUGGAACAGUAUCUCCGAAGUUAUAUUUCCUACCAACAAGAUGAUUGGGCUCGAAUGCUACCAAUGGCCGAAUUUGCGACAAACAACCAUGCUUCUGAAACAACAAAGGUCUCCCCGUUCUAUGCCAAUUCGGGAAGAAAUCCAAGAAUGACUUUUGGCCCUUUGGAACAUGGUCGAACAACGGCUGAGGAUCAAGCGAACCGUAUUGCAAGAGAAAUGAAGGAUGUAGUAGAUUUCCUAAAAAAAGAGAUGUUUCGAGCGCAAAGGAUACAAGAAGAAUCAGCCAACAGGAAUCGAACUCCAGCUCCUCGGUACCAUUUAGGAGAUAAAGUUUUCCUAUCGACUCGUCAUAUUCUAACCAAACGACCUUCCAAGAAAUUCGACUGGAAACGUAUUGGACCUUAUAGUGUUAAGCGCAUUAUUAAUCCCUACGCUUACGAGUUAGAACUUCCCCGGUCAAUGAAAAUUCACCCAGUAUUUCAUGUUUCACUACUGUCACCUGAUGGGAAGGAUCCUUUACCGGGACAACAACAGUUACCACCACCUCCGGUUGAGAUCGAAGGAGAAGAAGAAUGGGAAGUCGAAGAUAUUCUGGAUUUGAGGAAACGAAGAGGAAGGUUUGAGUACUUGGUACGAUAUAGAGGAUAUGAUGAAGCCUCCUGGCAACCACUAUCGGACCUUGAGCAUUCACCUGAUAUUGUCAAACGAUUCCAUGAGCGUUAUCCAGGGAAGCCUAAGCCUACCAGGAGGUAG